UAUCCAUUUUAUUAGUAUAGCUACUUUAAAAAAAACUAGUUAGUAUUAAUAAUAUCAACAAUAAUUAAAAUUAUUAGCAAUGUAUUCAAUAACUAUACUGGCUCAAUUAUAUAUGGUAUACACUAUUAUCAGUCAGCGUCAGCUCCGGCACAACCAACUGGCCUAUCGGACACCAUUACCACCUAAACACCAUUCAUACGAUUUUAUAGUAGUCGGCUCCGGUAGUGCCGGUGCUAUUGUUUCGUGUCGUCUAAGCCAAUGGGGUUGGGAUGUACUGCUACUGGAAGCUGGCGGACCACCCGAUGCCAUACUAGAUGAUCUAACUGGAUCAACUACCAAUAGCUUGAAUAGCCAAUGGCACUAUCAGUUUCAACGUCAAAAAUAUAUCGGACAUUCCUAUCCGAAUAAUGGCCAACAAUCCGAUGUAUUGGGCCGUGUAUUAGGCGGUACCUCAUCUAUUAAUUCAGUGGCUUAUAGUAGAGGUAAUCGCAAAUACUAUGAUAUGAUUGCCUCAAAAUACGGUGCCAUUGGUUGGGAUUAUGCGAGUGUUUUGCCAGUAUUUAAACUAACAGAAAACAAUACCGACCCCCGGGUUAGUGAUGAGUAUCACGGAAGACAUGGACCGGUAGGUGUGUCGUCAAUUGAUCAGGUAUUACCUAUAUUUUUGAAACAAGCUGAGGCUGCCCGUGAAUGGGGACUGGACUAUACGGAUAUCAAUGGCGCAAAUCAAACAGGGUUUACAAUUAUGCAGUCGACCAGUAGCCAUGGUCUACGAUCAUCGACUUUGAUCGCCUAUUUGGAAAGUGGUUUGUGUCCCCGAUUGACAAUAGUUACCGGAGCUGUGGUAUCUAAAAUUAUAAUCAAACGUAAUAAUCCAAAUGAUAACCAACAACCUCCCCGGGCACAGGGAGUCGAGUUUAUUAAGUCUAAUCGUACUUAUCGUGUAUGGACCAAACGUGAAGUCAUUGUAUCGGCAGGCAUAAUCGGCACACCACAGUUGCUUAUGCUGUCGGGUGUGGGACCGGCCGGCCAUAUACAGGACACGGCCGGUAUACGGGAAGUGUAUGUCGAUCUGCCGGGUGUUGGCCAAAACUAUUGCAAUCAGGUAGCAUUGUUUCUAGAUUUCCCAAUACGUCCAUCAUCAACUGAUGGUGAUCUGAUUGGACCGACACCAACAGUGUCCAAUCUAACACAAUUGUACCAGGCAACUGUACUGGGUAGGGGCCCGCUAGCCCAACGACAAAAUGCCAUAAUGUAUUGGACAUCACAGGGUGGUAUGGUAGAUAGAGAUUAUCCAGAUAUCUAUCUGGUCGGUACUAUUAGUCCCAAUAUUAAUAGUCCAACUAAUAAUCAACAACAACAUCUAACACUAUACGUUUCACUGGUCAGCCCAGUCAGUUGCGGCACAGUUAGACUAAAUAGUAGUCGUAUAGAGGAUCAACCCCUGAUUGAUGCUAAAUCAUUGUACGCUAAAAUUGAUCGCCAAAGGUUUCGGGAGGCAGUUAGCCGUACGUUUCGUUUUGCCGAAACUACUAGUCUAUCCGAUUAUAUUAGUAUACCGACGGAACCGAAAGAAAAUUGUCGGUACUGUACCACUGGUCCUGUCUAUCAGUGUUGGAGUUAUAUUGAUUGUUUGAUCAGGGAAUGGGCCAGUGCCGAAGCUCAUCCAGUAGGUACCAGUCGUAUGGGUGAUCCCCGACGCCCGGAUACUGUAGUCGAUCCCAGAUUACGUGUUAAAGGUAUCCGAGGGUUACGUGUUUGCGAUGCAUCCAUCUAUCCGGAGGUAAUGAAUUCAAAUACAAAUGCGGCGGCAAUGUUGGCCGGGGAGAUGGGCGCCCGAUUCAUACAUGAAGAUAAUCAAUAGAUCAAUAGACU